AUGACCCUAUCACGGCUCGAAUGGAUAGCCGCCCAGCUGAAGUACUUUGCAGAACAGCAAUCUGGCUUCAGGCACAAGCGUUCAACGGGGGACUCCAUCGUAGAUGAGGUGGGCACCCUGGAGGAUGCCAGGAGCAGUGGGGACGUCGCCAUGCUGCUGCUCCUGGACGUCCAGAGUGCCUUUGACCGAAUGUCGCAUGAGGUGAUCGAGGCUGCACUGGACUGCCCAGGCGUCACGGGAUGUCUCCGGGGCUUCAUCUCUGCCUUCCUGGUGGGCUGGAGCUUUCGGGUGCGGUUAGGCAAGGUGCUCAGCGAUCCCAGAGACAUCACCUCCUGUGUUCCGCAGGGAUCGGUGCUGAGCCCUUUCCUCUUUAACCUGGCCCUGAAAGGACUCGCAGCAGCACUACCGACUGACAGCCGCUACCCAGUCUGCUGCGCUAUCUACGUAGAUGACGUGGCGCUGUGGGUACGAGGACCCAGGAGAAGCAUCGCUGCCAUCCGGGGCUCACUACAGAGGGCAUUAGAAGCGGUCAUCUCCUUCCUCGGUGGAAUUGGCCUCUCCGUCUCCCGGGCAAAGACAGAGGCACUACUUGUACACCCGCUGGCCUCAGCACGCCAAUACGUGAAGCAGCUGCGCAUUGCAAACACCACCGUCCCAUGGAAGCGGCUGUCACCCCCAAAGUCCGAAGAGUCCAGGGAGGGGGCAGUGAGCAAGAUGCAACAGCGUGGUCGGGGUUGCGCCGUCAAGUGGGCGCUGCGGAUGAACCGAGCUGCGGCCACAUCCAUCCUGCUAUAUGCCCUGCCAUUGGUUCUACUAUCUCCAGCCAGGAAACAACAUCUCGAGAGACUGCACAGGAGUGCAGUAAGGAGCAUCCUCGGUCUCCCCAAGCACUCCCGAACUGCUGCCACGCUGACGGAGGCUGGCAAAUGGCCAUUGUCGCUGCAUAUGCUCCAGCGUGCCCUUGGGCACAUUGACCGUCUGCACCGUGCUCCAGAUGGUGGGGCUCUGCUCUCCCGACUGCGGAGCCAGCCGCUAUCUCGCAUGGGGGGCCUCUGUCAGCUCUGCGAGGAUCUGAUUGUGCAGCGACCAGUGCACAUGGUCACACCUCCGCCACACGAGCAACCUCCAGAGGUGCAACUAUUCCUGAAUGGAGCAUCAAAGCGCCGGACGCCAGCGGCAGCACUACAACAGGCUGUUACUGGCAAACUCCUAGAAGAGCUGGACGGCAGGCUGCUCGCGUUCACGGAUGGCUCCGUGCUCUCCAACGGCUCCGCAGCAGCGGCUUGUACCAUCCCAUCUGAGGGCAGGAGCAGGCAGUGCCAACUACCUUUUCGUGCGAGCUCCACAGCAGCUAAGCUGGCGGGACUCCACCUUGCUGCGGACCUCCUGGCUGAGGACCCCCCCAGAAAACCAGUGGCGGUGCUAAGUGACUCGCGACCGGCUCUCCAGGCACUCACCGAUCGUCAUCGGCACGGAGUCGCUGAGACCCUCCUGAGAGCAAAAAUCUCGGCCCUCUCUGCAGUGGGGAGCAGUCGCAGCAUCGGACUUCUCCAGGCAACGACUAAAACAGCUGCUCACUUCCAGCCAUCCGGAUAA